ACUUGCAUUAUAAUUAUAAAGAAGGAUGGAUCCUUUGAUAAUCCAACCAAAUUACCUUCCCACAAUAGAUUUUUCUGUUGAAAAUUCAAAUCCAGGCAAGAGUUGUUGGCAUUCGACAUCCCUGAAAGUGCGACGGGCACUCGAAGAUCAUGGCUGUUUCAUUGCAACUUACAACCAAAUCUCACCCAAUGAUUUGUUUGAUUCGUUAAGAGAUUUGUUCGAUCUUCCAUUGGAAACUAAGGCGAAAAACGUGUCGGAUAAACCUUUUCAUGGGUACUUUUCCAACCGACCAACCGCUCCAUUGCUUGAGAGUUUGGGAAUCGAAGAUGCAGCUAGCCCUGAUUCAGUCAAGAGAUUCACUUCUCUCAUGUGGCCCAAUGGAAACCAAAGUUUCUGGGAAAACAUGAGAACAUACACAAAGGUGGUGUCAGAUCUGACUCAAAUGGUUGUGAGAAUGAUAUUCGAAAGCUACAAUGUGGAGAAGUAUUACAAUUCUCACGUUAACUCAACUACUUACCUUCUCCGACUUUUGAGAUAUAGACAACCACAAAAGAACGAAAGUAAUGUUGGUGCUGAUGUUCAUACUGAUAAAGGUUUCAUAACCGUUCUCCAUCAAGAUCAAGUUAACGGGUUGGAGGUAAGAACAAAAGAUAACAAGUGGAUUGAUGUCAAUUUCCCUCCUUCUUCCUUCGUGGUCAUGGCUGGUGAUGGUUUAUUGGCUUGGAGUAAUGGAAGAGUUCAUGCUCCUUUACAUAAAGUGAUAAUGAAAGGAGGAGAUGAAGCAAGAUAUUCUCUUUGUAUGUUUUCUAUUCCUAAAGGAAUAGUUGAGAUACCGAAUGAGCUAGUUGACAACGAUCAUCCUUUGAAGUUCAAGCCUUUUGAUCAUGAUUCUUUACUUCGAUUCUUUGCCGAAGGCAAGGCAAAACACCAUGAGUCAACUGCAAAGCAAUUUUGUGGCAUUUCAGAAUGAGAACUAUUUCUCUGUUCUUUCAAGCAUGAAUCAUUAGUUUUUUUCAUAGUUAUGUUGUGUUCGUAUCAAUGAAUCUUGUCAUAGAUUUACACUUAUGAUUGCGUUCUAAAU